AUGAAGGCAACUUGCUGGAUCCUGGCAGGCUUUUGCCUGCUUUUCUGCUGCAAGGCAGAAGAAGGACUGAAUUUCCCCACAUAUGAUGGGAAAGACCGAGUGAUCGACCUGCACGAGAAGAACUACAAGAAUGCCCUGAAGAAGUAUGACAUGCUUUGUCUGCUCUUCCAUGAGCCUGUGAGCUCUGACAGGGUGUCCCAGAAGCAGUUCCAGAUGACGGAGAUGGUCCUGGAGCUGGCAGCUCAGGUCCUGGAGCCUAGGAGCAUCGGCUUUGGGAUGGUAGAUUCCAAGAAGGAUGCCAAACUCGCCAAAAAGCUAGGCUUGGUUGAAGAGGGAAGUCUCUAUGUCUUUAAGGAGGAUCGGUUGAUUGAAUUUGACGGGGAACUGGCCACAGACGUCUUGGUGGAAUUCCUCUUGGAUUUGCUAGAAGACCCUGUGGAAAUCAUAAACAGCAAGCUGGAGCUUCAAGCCUUUGACCAAAUUGACGACGAAAUCAAACUGAUCGGCUACUUCAAAGGAGAAGACUCUGAACAUUACAAGGCAUUUGAAGAGGCUGCUGAACACUUCCAACCGUACAUCAAGUUCUUUGCCACAUUUGACAAAGGGGUUGCUAAGAAACUGGGUCUGAAGAUGAACGAGGUGGACUUCUAUGAACCAUUCAUGGAUGAUCCUGUUCACAUCCCCGAUAAACCUUACACAGAAGAGGAACUGGUUGAAUUUGUGAAGGAGCACAAAAGAGCCACCUUGAGGAAACUACGCCCAGAAGACAUGUUUGAGACAUGGGAGGAUGACAUGGAAGGAAUCCAUAUCGUGGCCUUUGCUGAAGAAGAUGACCCAGAUGGCUUUGAGUUCCUGGAAAUCCUGAAGCAGGUUGCCAGGGACAACACUGAUAAUCCUGACCUGAGCAUUGUGUGGAUCGACCCUGACGACUUUCCUCUGCUUAUCACUUACUGGGAGAAGACCUUCAAGAUUGACCUGUUCAGGCCACAGAUUGGGAUUGUGAAUGUCACAGACGCUGAUAGUGUCUGGAUGGACAUCAGGGACGACGAUGACCUGCCCACAGCCGAGGAGCUGGAGGACUGGAUAGAGGAUGUGCUUUCCGGGAAGAUAAAUACUGAAGAUGAUGAUGAUGAUGACGACGACGAUGAUGACGACGACGAUGAUGAUGAUGAUGACGAUGAUGAUGACGACGAUGAUGACGACGACGAUGAUGAUGACUAA